UUUUUGACACCAAAGGAAAUAGUUUUUGGUUUGUUCGGUUAGAUUGUCAACUGAGAAUUCAUUUUUUUAUUUUUUAAUUGUUACUGUUCCAUUAUAAUGGCUACUAAUGUAUCUUCUGGUUUCAGGAAAAUCGACAUUGAUUCUUUCAAUGAUGAUGUGUUUAAAGAGGAUGAUCAAGUGGUUUCCCAAUCAUCAGGAACUUCAUUAGAUGACAAGGAGAUUUUACAAUUGUGCUCUGCUGGUAAACAUUAUGAAGCCAUUAAAUCUAUAUUUGAUCUUCAACCCCAAUCCUCUGGUGAUUCCGCUAUCAAAGAGUUGGCAUUCAAUUUAAUCAUGCAAGUUUUCUUGGCUGUUAAGACGGGAGAUAUUGAUAGGAUUGUGGACAAACUUGACACCGACCAGAUUGAUCUGUUAAUGAAAUAUGUUUACAAAGGUUUUGAAAGCCCACAAGAAGGAUCUUCAUCCAAUUUAUUGGUCUGGCAUGAUAAAAUAUUUCGUAAAAGUGGUCACGGUGCCAUUGUUAGGGUGUUGACGGAUAAAAAGAAAGUUUAACGACCAUUUUUAUUUCCUCAAAGUUAGUGCACAAAUAUUUAGUACUAUACAUAAACACCUUAUUUAGUGCACAAACCUUUUUUUUCUACUGUUUUCUCUGAUCAUUUAUUUCCUUGCUUCCCUGAAAUCGAGUCAAUUGUUGAGCAAUAAACGUUAUUUUAAUAUAUAAAUAA